CCUCCUCAUCCCUCUGUGCACGCUCCUGGAGCUGAUGCUGCUGCUGCUGCACGAGGGGAACCGGAGAGGCCCCGGGCCGGACACACCCGGAGCAGAGAGACAGCCGGGUCCUGUGGAUGCUGGCUGUCCUGCCUGGUUUGCUGCUUGUCUGUCGUGGCCUUAGGUUUUGGGAAACAGGAUGUGACUGAGGUGUCAGGUUUGGGGGACCCUGAAUUUCUGCUGCCCCCCAUACCGCCCUCCACGAGUGCUGCUUACAUUCUGAAUGCUAGGACUGUACUGUUCAUACCAUGCAUGUGGUUGGGCUCAGCGUGGCCCUCAGGAAGCUAAGUCUGGCCCUGUGGGUUCUGAGUGUGACUGCCCGAAUACUCUCCUCUCAUGCGCAGGUAUAUUCUCAGACUGUGAACACACACUACGGCAAGCUGCGCGGCAUGCGGAUGUCUUUGCCAAACGACAUUUUGGGCCCAGUGGAUCAAUACCUGGGGGUGCCUUAUGCAGCACCCCCUGUUGGAGAGAAGCGCUUUCUCCCACCCGAGCCUCCUCCCUCGUGGUCUGGCAUAAGAAAUGCCACACAUUUCUCACCCGUGUGCCCACAGAACAUACAGAAUGCAGUACCAGAUAUCAUGAUGCCAGUCUGGUUCACCUCAAAUCUGGAUACUGUGACCGGAUACCUCCAAGAACAGAGUGAGGACUGCCUCUACCUUAACAUCUAUGUGCCCACAGAGGAUGUAAAGCGGAUUUCCAAGGAGUGUGUCCGAAAACCCAACAAGAAAAUAUGUAGGAAAGGAGGACCCAGCGCUAAGAAACAGGGGGAAGAGGUUUCGGAUAAUGACGAAGACGAGGAAGGAGAUAUCCGAGACACAGGAGCCAAACCAGUCAUGGUGUACAUUCAUGGAGGGUCCUACAUGGAGGGUAGUGGGAAUAUGAUCGAUGGAAGUGUCCUGGCCAGCUACGGCAAUGUGAUAGUUAUCACUCUAAACUAUCGUGUGGGAGUUCUGGGAUUCUUGAGUACUGGCGAUCAAGCAGCUAAAGGAAAUUAUGGACUUCUUGAUCAAAUCCAGGCAUUGCGCUGGGUGAGCGAGAAUGUGGCAUUUUUUGGUGGUGACCCUCACAGGAUCACAGUGUUUGGCUCUGGCAUCGGGGCAUCCUGCGUCAGUCUUCUCACACUCUCUCACCACUCUGAAGGACUGUUCCAAAGAGCUAUCAUACAAAGUGGUUCGGCCCUUUCCAGCUGGGCUGUCAAUUACCAGCCUGUGAAGUACACCCGACUGCUUGCCGAGAAGGUGGGCUGCAAUGUACUGGACACUGUGGAUAUGGUUGACUGCUUGCGGCAGAAAAAUGCCAAAGAGUUGGUAGAACAGGAUAUUCAGCCAGCCCGGUAUCAUGUAGCUUUUGGUCCAGUCAUUGACGGAGAUGUAAUUCCAGAUGACCCAGAGAUUCUCAUGGAGCAAGGAGAGUUCCUCAAUUAUGAUAUAAUGCUGGGGGUCAACCAAGGGGAAGGACUCAAGUUUGUGGAGAAUGUGGUGGAUGCAGAAGAUGGUGUUUCUGGAAGUGACUUUGACUACUCAGUAUCUAACUUUGUGGACAAUCUUUAUGGGUACCCAGAAGGUAAAGACACACUGCGUGAAACCAUCAAGUUCAUGUACACAGACUGGGCUGACCGCGACAAUCCUGAGACUCGUCGCAAGACCUUAGUGGCUCUAUUCACUGACCAUCAGUGGGUGGAGCCAUCUGUAGUGACUGCUGAUCUACAUGCCCGUUAUGGCUCGCCCACUUAUUUUUAUGCCUUUUACCAUCACUGCCAGAGCCUGAUGAAACCUGCAUGGUCUGAUGCAGCCCAUGGGGAUGAGGUACCCUAUGUAUUUGGUGUCCCUAUGGUGGGUCCAACAGAUUUAUUCCCCUGCAAUUUUUCCAAGAAUGAUGUGAUGCUGAGUGCUGUAGUCAUGACAUACUGGACCAACUUUGCCAAAACUGGUGAUCCCAACAAACCUGUGCCGCAGGAUACCAAGUUCAUCCACACAAAGGCAAACCGCUUUGAAGAAGUGGCGUGGUCUAAGUACAACCCACGGGAACAAUACUACCUUCACAUUGGCCUGAAACCACGUGUGCGUGACCACUAUCGAGCUACCAAAGUGGCAUUCUGGAAGCAUCUAGUACCACACCUAUACAAUCUACACGAUAUGUUUCAUUAUACUUCUACUACCACCAAGGUGCCACCAUCAGACACUACUCAAAAUUCACAUACCACGCGCAGGCCCAAGCCUUGGGAUAAUAAGCGGCCAGCUAUUUCACCCACCCUCAAUGGUCCAUCAUCCAAGUGGAACCCAGAAUUGGACCCAGUGGACCCAGUUGUGAUCCAGGAUCCAAGGGACUAUUCUACAGAGCUUAGUGUCACUAUUGCUGUGGGAGCCUCUCUUUUAUUUCUUAAUGUGCUGGCUUUUGCCGCAUUAUACUACCGUAAUGAUAAGCGACGUCAGGACACACAGCGCCAGCCUAGUCCACAGCGUGCCUCAGUCACGCGGGAUCUGUCACACAGCCCUGUACCACCCGAGGAGCUAAAUUCUCUACAGAUAAAUGCUGGACACCCUGAUUGUGAGGGUGGUGGAGUCUCCAGCCAUGACAACCUGCGUCUGGCCACACUUCCUGACUACACACUUACUUUGCGUCGUUCACCAGACGAUAUUCCACUCAUGACACCUAACACCAUCACCAUGAUUCCAAAUUCUCUGGUGGGACUGCAAAGCCUUCACCCAUACAACACCUUUUCUGCAGGCUUCAACAGCACUGGCCUCCCCCAUUCACACUCCACCACUAGAGUAUAGCACCCCAUCACCUUGCACUUCGCCCAUGUCUUGACAUUAGACCUACAUGAAGUGUCUGAGACAAGGGAGAAGCUUAAUGACACAUUCCAUACCCCCAAAGAAGAAGGGGGGCAGGUGUGGGGCUUAGCUUCUAUGAUGGAAAGGGUCUGUUCAGUCAUGACUCAUCAAGAACACACUUCCUCUGUGCUCUUGUUUCCAAAAGUGCUUUUACCCUGGCGGAGGCACAUAGAGAGUGCAGGAAGCUUAGCCAAGGAAAGGAUUUGCUUUUGCAGACAAAAGGUCUGUAACUAAGAAAAUGGAGAUUAUGAAUGGAGAAGAGGCAGGAGGGAGACAUGCCCAACGUAUUUCCCCAUCCGUUCUCAAAACUAACUACGUCAUCUAUCUCUGCCAUUUUGUCCGUCCAUUGACCCCUGAUUUAUUACUAUCUUUAAACCUGGAAAAAUAGAAUUAAUGAGGUGCAGUAGAGGAAAUAUCUACUUUAUUAGCAUAGAUAGAUUGGAGUAAAGGGUGUUUAGAUCUUUUAUAGAUCAAAUUUCUAAAAAAAAUGUUGAUGUUUUUAGAAAUGUUACAAGAUUGUUACCAGAAUACAAAAAAAGAAAAUGACAGUGGCCACAGUUAAAAUAGAUGACGUUGGAUUGCCUCAUGUACUGACCCCAUUCGGAUCUAUCCCAACUGUGUGCCAAAUUCAUACACCAGCUAUAGAAUGGGGCUGAAAACAAUUGCCCCAGUCUCAAUACUACCUUAAUCAUUCCAGUGCCAAAUAUCUAUAGCCAGCCAUCUUGAAAAUAUUGUAAUCAUUGGUUCAAACAUGCAUUACCCACAGCAUCAACAAUGUGUUUAUAGCUAUGACUGACCUAUAGGUCCUAGCAAACACAUCCAGGCAUUGGCUUUCCAGGACCUGUAGGUCAAGAGUACCUAGAGAUCAUAUUUCACCUACAACUAAAUUAGUGUUUUGAUAUUGUUAUAUUGGCUUCCAUUUGAAGUAGAGAGUAAAUACUCAGCAAACAACUUAAAUGUGCCAAAUGCAACAACGGUUUCUACAGUGGGGAGUUCUAGUAGGACAGGUUCGUUUAAUCAGUUAGUUUGUCAUCCUCAGUGAUAGCCACUUAAAAAAAGCCUAUUUUUCAGUUCUCAAGUGUCUAAUGGUUUGUGAUCUUAUAUUCAUAGCUGUGAACGCAAACUAUAAGGUCGAUUAUUCGGACUGUACAAUGAAAGACACUGGAAAAGAUGUGACAGAAAUAUUGUCUGGCUGAAUAAUGACAUUUUGAAAUAGAGCUUUGAGCUUAAUAUGUAUAGAAGAUUUUAAAAUGUUGGAUUAUUAUACAGUGAUUACCAUGGCAGCAGUCACCUUAUACUGUUUUUACAUAAAAAUAUGUAUUUCAUACACAAAGUUUCCUACCUCUGCCUCCUUGGAUAAGUUUGUAUAUGGGUAGAACAAAUUCUUUGUGCAUGUAUGUGGGUAUAUGUAUGAGUGUGCGUAUAUAUGUAUUUACAUAUAUAUAAGCAUACACAGGAACACUAACAAACUGUUGUACAUAUGAAUACUCACAUAGAUGUUUGCUCCCCCCUCCCACUUCUUCCUCCAACCGGGGCCCAACGCCUUUUCAGCUUUUCUACCAUUUACCAUGAUUUUUGGACAUGGGUUUUGUGACACAGAGGGACACCAUGGGUUCAGUUGACAGUUUUGUGACACAGAGGGGCACCUGGGGUCAGUAUUUAUAGAAUGUAUUUAUACUGUAUCACAGGAGAGUAGAAAACGUAUUCCAAAUAAAGAAAACUCAUAUUUUUA